AUGUCCACGAGAAGCACCAGCAGCAGCAGCAGCAUCAACCAUACAAAAGAGGUUGCACCUCUGAUACCCAGCAUUGCUCCUAUACAAUUUUUGAGGCAAUCAAGUUCCAUGCUAGAUUUACCUAUUAGAACUACAGCAACAGCCGUGCUAUAUUACCAUCGCUUUAAUGAAUUCAUGAACAGCAAAGAAAAAGUGAUAAACAUGGAUGGAGCACUCACAGAAGAAGAUGCUUUAUAUCGGAAUGAAGAGUUGUUGACCACGACUUGCUUGCAAUUGGCUUGCAAAGCAACAGAAGUGCCUAGAAAAGUAAGAGAUCUCGUCAAUGUUGGUUACAGAUACUACCAUCCCAAAGGCACAACAUUGAACGUAGAUGAGAAUUAUUUUAAAAUGAGAUCAUCAUUAGUGACAAGCGAGCUUUUGUUGGUUAGAGCAUUGGGAUUUGAUUUGGAAGUGGAGCUGCCAUUUGCAUACUGCUUGAAUGUUUUGAGAGGAUUGGGAUCAAUUCGAUAUUUCAUGACAGAUGAAACCAAGAAGACGAGCAAAAAACACCAUCAUCAUUCUCACACUACUCAGAAAGAAGUUUGGAAAAAGAUGGAAAACGAUAUGGAGCCAGAAAUGAGUGCCAUUGCUAGAUUGGCGUGGAUGUAUGUUUGGGACAGCUUAUGCUCCCCCAAGAUUGCCCUGACUCACUCAAUACCAGGCAUUGGACUUGCAUGCCUGUAUCUUGCAUUACGAACCUCUGAAGUCGAAAUGUCAAUGUCCAUGAGUGAAUAUGUUGACAUGUGGGGCGCUUCUGAGAAUAUAUCAGUGCAAGCAGUGAGGGAUGUUGUGACAGAUCUGCUAGACUUUUACGAUCAUUUCCCUGACAUAACCUCACCAACAAUAGAGACUUGA